AUGGCGGACGGAGGAGCAGCGAGUCAAGAUGAGAGUUCAGGACCAGAUUCCAAAAUGAGUAAUCAGUCAGAAACUACUAAAUGUGCAAUGGAGACUGGCAACGGAAAAACAGGAGUCCAAACAAAUGGACUGGACUGCCAGAGGCUGACGGUGCCAACCACAAGUGCAAUCACUAGUGCACAUGCACAAGCCCUCCUCCAACAGUCAAAGUCGGAAGACUCGAGUGCUCUUCCGACCUCCGUCCAGCAGAGUGUGCUGCCUCAAACCCAGCUAAUGUUGGCCGGGGGACAGAUAGCUGGAUUGACACUGACGCCAGCACAGCAGCAGCUGUUGAUCCAGCAGGCCCAGGCCCAGCUCCUGGCAGCCGUGCAGCAUUCAGCCAGCCAGCAGAACAGCACCACAGGGGCCAGCAUCUCCGCCUCUGCAGCCACCCCAAUAACCCAGUUGCCCCUGUCACAGCCCAUUCAGAUCGCCCCUCAGCUGCAACAGUUUCAGCAGCAGAAUUUGAGUCUGCCCCAAUUUGUUCUGGUGCAGCCCGGCCACCCCAUUGCCACACCACUGCAACCUGCUCAGUUCAUCAUCUCACAGACACCACAGGGCCAGCAGAGCCUCUUGCAAGCCCCGAGUCUUCUAACUCAACUACCUCAAAGCCAAGCCAACCUCCUGCCGAGUCAACCCAGCAUUACCCUCGCCACUCAGCCUGCAACUCCAACGCGCACGAUAGCAGCCACACCAAUCCAGUCUCUGCCCCACAGUCAGACACCACCCAACCAGCUGGAUACCCCCACCUUAGAGGAGCCCAGUGACCUGGAGGAACUGGAGCAGUUUGCCAAAACCUUCAAACAGAGACGUAUUAAACUGGGCUUUACACAGGGGGAUGUUGGCCUGGCGAUGGGGAAGCUGUAUGGGAAUGACUUCAGCCAGACGACCAUCUCUCGCUUUGAGGCCUUGAACCUGAGCUUUAAAAAUAUGUGCAAACUCAAGCCACUGCUGGAGAAGUGGCUCAACGAUGCUGUUUGUGCAGAGAACCUGACGUCUGACCAGGCCCUAUCCAGCCCUAGUGCCCUGGGCUCCCCUGGCCUGGGUAUGGAUGGGCUCAACCGACGUCGGAAGAAGAGGACCAGUAUUGAGACCAACAUCCGCGUGGCCUUAGAAAAGAGCUUUCUGGAGCAGAACCAAAAACCUACCUCUGAGGAGAUCACCAUGAUCGCCGACCAGCUCAACAUGGAGAAGGAGGUGAUUCGGGUCUGGUUCUGCAAUCGCCGGCAGAAAGAAAAGAGGAUAAACCCCCCCAGCAGUGGCGGUGUUGGGGGAGGCAGUACCCCUAUCAAAACCAUCUUCACCCCCAAUAGUCCCCUGGUGGCUAGCACAGCAAGCCUUGUGACCAGUCCAACCAUUAACACACCCACCACUUUGACUGUAAACCCAGCGAUGCCUCUGACCAGCACCAGCGUCUCCAACCUGUCUUUCACAGGCACCACCGUUGGAGGGACAAACACAGCAUCUGUCAUCUCGACCACGCCCUUGGUUACUGCGGCAACAAGCUCACCGUCUUUAAGCUCCUCCCCCUCAAUCAUUCAGUCCACAGCUGCAGAGGACAGCAAAGCUGCCAUCCACGAGCAAACCAUAGUCACCCAGGCCCCGACCUCUCUGGCCGCCACCUUGGGUACGGGCCAGGUGAUGGUGGCGUCUCCAGGACUUUCUGCUGCCCUGCAAAAUGCUGCCCAGUUACCUACCAGUGCCAGCUUUGCUGCCAUGGCUGCCGCAGCGGGGCUGAGCCCAGGGUUAAUGGCCUCCUCUCAGUUCACUCCAGGGGGAGCCCUGCUGAGUCUGACCCCUGGUGGGCUAAGCAGUGCUCUGAGUCCUGCCCUCAUGAGCAACAGCACACUGGCCACCAUCCAAGCUCUCGCAUCAGGCGGUGCACUCCCCAUCACCCCCUUGGACGGUGGUAACCUGCUGUUUGCCAACACCUCUGCUGGUAACACACCCAAUCUGGUGACUGCACCGUUGUUCCUGAACCCUCAGAACCUGUCGCUGCUCACCAGCAACCCUGUCAGCCUGGUGUCCGCUGGUGCGGCGGGGGCGGGGACUCUGCAGGUCACUGCUGACGCCCAUCAGGUCACCACGGCAGCCGUUCCCGUGUCGGCCUCCACCAUUACCACUGCCUCCAAGGCUCAGUGAGGCUGCCCAGGCCACGUCUCACAUCACCACCUGUUUCUUGUAUUGU